AAUUCAAAUCGAACUGUUUGGUAUUUUGUAACUGACUGUUUACUUUAAAUUCUGCAAUUCUAGAUUUUUAUUCAAAGGUAACAAGAGUUGUCUAGCAAGAAUCCAUGGAAAGUAGAACAUAAUUCUCAUUACUAAUUAUUGCUUAUCUUAUGCUUAAAUUGACAAUUUUAGUAACAAUUUAUUAACUAUUUUGAGUUCAAUUUAAAAUUAUAGAUACAAUAGACGUUUCAAAAGAUGGAUAUUCAAAUAUUGAACAUCAAUCAAGAUUUGCCCAAAGAAGUUGAGUCUGCUACAAAAUUAUUAGUGGAUUCAUUCUUAUCAAAACUUUAUCCAUUUUUACAAAAACUUGGAAGUAAAAUAGCAAAUUACUUAAAAAACGAUGAACUUCGAGAAAAUGUUACUAACAUACAUAAUGUGUUCGCACUUUGUGUCAGCCAGAUUAACAAGUGUUACGUCUCAUUUAUAGAUAUUUUGAAAUUAGAAAAUAAUGAGGAAAUAUUAUUGUUGGAGAGUCGAAGAUGUACUUUAGAAAGGCUUUCAUGGUGCUGCAGUAGGUUGUUAGCUAUUGAGGAUAUGUUAGAAGCGAUAACAAACAAUGAUAGACAUGACAGUGCCUUUGAUGAAUCCAUUUUCGACCCACCUUUAUAUUUUGUUAACUGGAUUGAUCAAACUUUUGAUGAUUUAAAAUCGCUAACUGAUUUGAUAUCACUCAGUGAUCCAGAUUCUAAACAAUAUGACCAAUGGAAGAGUGAUAUGGUUGGAUGUUUGAAAAGUUUACACAAUUCAAUAGAUGAGUUAUUAUUGUCAGCUAUGACGCUCUGCCGAUAUUGUCUGCCUGCAGAUCAACAUGCUAUAAAAGCAAGAUGCCAAGUGGUACUACGGGAAACGAAAACACUCUUAUGUGAUAUAAUCGAGGGUGAUAUAGAUACAGCAUUUAACAAUUCAGAGAUAUCACUAAAUCUUCCGAUCAAACCAUCAAAUGUGAAUGUGUUGAUAGAUGUUUUAAAAGAUGUACUCUAUGCGCUAGAGACAAAUACAAGUAGAGGUGUCCUAGCUCUAUUGGUUCAUUGUUUUAGCUAUAGUAUAUCACCUGUAGAUGUAUUGAAAACCCAUUAUAAAGCUAAAGGGAUAUGUGACUGUUUGUCAGAAAAUGACGAAACGAAGAUGUGUGAUUUUGUAAAGGAGUUUGAUUUGCACAAUGAAAGGUUACUGCAGAUUGGAUCUUUUGCAGUGUCAUGUUCUGCGGAUGAGAAAAGGAUAUUAUCAAUUCGCAGUAACUUAGCGUCUCUAGAGGCGUUAGAUCCACAUUUAGUUCCUGCAUUGAUAAUGGCUUCGGAAAGCCAUCAUUCAGUAUUGUUGAGUAAUACAUGGAAUAAAGAACUUUUGGAAAUCAAAGACAGUAUUUUCUUAAUUGUCGACCCAGCUGCAUUUUCAGAGAAAGCUAGGCAAGUGAUGCAACAGAAACUUUUGGAAAUAAUAAAGGAUAAUGUAUAUGAAAAUAAUAAGAUUUGUUCUGUUAUAAAUAUUGGAAGUGUUGUUUACGAUUUUUUUGAUGUUUAUGAAAAAAUUGAACCUGAUGCUAUUGAAGAGCGUGAACAAUUGAUCCCGCUUUUAUCAGAUUUAAAUAAAGUUCAAUUAGAAUGCAAAGUCGUCAGCGAUCUUCUUAGUUCUGGAUCCGAUUUUCUUUACAAAGUGAAGAAAUCCUCAAAGACUGCCACAUUUGAACAAAUGCUGAAACGUCUAAAACUGCUAUACACGAUAGUUAACAAAAUAAAUAAAUUACUACGUCCUGAGGAAGAUAAUGAUUUGUUCGAUGAAAGUGCAGAAGAAAACGGCACAUACACAGUAUGUAAAGUAAAUAACGAAACACGCGUUACACCUAAGCAAAAUAUAUUAUCAAGAAGCGUGUUUGCUAGAACUAAUAUUCGUUCACCAGCAAAGUAUCCACUUUUCAAAUUAACAAAACAUUUGAAACAGAAUUUUAAAUCGAAUUUCUCAGCACGUUUAGAUGAAUUGUGUUCUGAUAACGUUAGUAAAAGAGACUCAAUUUCUUGUUUUUAUUCACCUGCGAGGAAACGUCCUUCAUUAAGAAAAGCUGUAUUAAAUCGACAUAAAGUGACACUAGAACAAGAUAUUAAAGAUUGUGAAGAUAUCAGCCGUGUAGAUGUGGAUUUACAGAUUUCAGAAGUAUUGAAUCAGAUAAAUAACCUUACGUCGACGUUUUCGUCAAGACCAUUUAAAGCGGAAUUUUCUAAAGUGCCUAAACUAUUGAAAAUUCCAAAAGGAGAAUAUCAAAAAGAACCAACAUUGGACAAUUUUGUAGAUAAAAGUGGUAUUGAGCGAGAUGUUAAUAUUUCCACUUUGAGUGUAUCCCAACCUUCAAAUAUAACAACAUUAGAACGACUGAAUGAUUUAGAUCUUGUUGAAAGCAAAUUGACUGAUUUGAGAGUGUUACAACUAGAAACUAAUUUAUAGGUUAUUAAGUGAAUGUUAAAAUUCUUUAUUGGCGUUAUUAAG